AUGCCCGGAGGCUUGUCUCCCGCGGGCUUCCGCCCACGGAGCUCAAGCCAAGUGAGGGUGUAUUCCCACGAAGAAAUCAUCUUUCCAAAACUCUACGAAGAGGCGUGGGGCAGCGAUGGGUUCGGCGAUAAUCGAACGGAGCUGGAACGAGCCAGAAUCUUCCUCAUGCGGUUUGCGAAGAUGAAUCCUGAUCCAUUUACGAGCCAAGAGCUGCAAUCAAUCGUCAUGAACCACGAAAAUCGGACGAUACCGGCGCUAGCUCUUGCAGUGCAGAUGAGGAUCUUUGGAAAUCGCCACGAUAGCUUUGCGGCGACGCCUCUUCUGCAAUGCAUACGGUUUAUGCUCUUGAAAGCCAGGGUCCCGGAGUUCAUAUUUUCGGACAAAACGAAGCUUAUUAUGGAUUUUUACUUCGAUCCAACGAUGGCAAGAAGCAUUGAGCCUCCACCACCAGAUGGUAUCGUCUACAAAUAUCCCUCCGGUCGUCUCAAGAUUGCUAUUGUAGGCGGUGGGCCAACAGCGCUAGCAUCAGCAAUAUCUCUCGCCGAGAAGGGUGCUGGGAAAAUUCAGGUUCACGUCUACGAAAGGCGGUGGGUCGUCAAAGAUGGGCCGAGGGGACCUUAUAUCGACUACCCCUCGACAGCCAGGCGUCGUUAUCAGGUUGUCACGCUACAAGAGUCGGUCACGACGUUGAUGAGUAAAGCAACUCAGCAGGCAUUGUUUGAAGGUCGUCCAGAACGAGUCUGGCCGGGCUCAGCCAAUAUUCAGAUUCGCAAAGUCGAGGAUCGUCUUCUCCGGAGAUGUCACGCCGCCGAAUUUCAGGAUCUCAUUCACCUCCACGCGGAAGGUGUGACGCAUGAAGAUAUGGUGAAGAUUGGCGACUUCCAUGUUCUUCUGGGAGCCGACGGAGCUGCAUCGUGGGUCCGCAAAUCGUAUUUCCACGGAUAUGAAAAUGAACGUGGGCGAAGUUAUGCCCUGGGCCUCGCAUUUGAUCGGCCGGCCGGUCUGCCAUGGUCGCAACCCCUGAACGUCUUCUUGACUCUGGGUCAGACUCGGUAUCUCCUGAACGCUAGUGACUACGAUGGACGUGGAUACCUCAACAUGCAACUCACAGAGGCAGAGUGGCACAAGAUGCUCGCCAAGGAUGGCCAGCCAGUCACCUUUGGAUAUCCUGGCUGCCUCCGAAACCCCGAUGGGACUAUACCGAAAGGCUUCACAGAGAACCAGGUCUUUGCACCUUCAGAAGACAGAGAGAGUUCAUUAUGGAGGUCAAUUUCUGACGGCCUCAAGCUCUUCGGCUUCAAAGAAAGCGAGGUCAUCAAUGUCGUCCGGAUUCCAAUUGUUGUCCAGGCUGUACGAGAAGGCAUCCAGUAUCUGCCGCCUUGUGACUCAGGGGCGAUCAAUCGGCCACAUGCCCUCGUUGCAGUGGCAGGAGAUGCUGCUAUGACAGUUCACUUUUGGCCAGGCCGCGGCCUCAAUAGUGGUGUUAAGUCAGGCAUCGCUCUAGGAGACGAAAUUGUCCAUGCGCUCAAUGGGGGCAAAUUCGUUGGGUUGCCUCUUACCGCUAUGAAUCAGUACAAUGACUUCAUCAUGAAGUUGCAGGACCGCGAGCAUGACAAGCGCAGUAUCCCGAUACUUAAUCAGUCCGGUACACCAGAGACCUUGGGCUGGCUACUCAGCAAGGCAAAUACGGUCCCGGACAACGUUGCAAUCGAAUGGCUUGUGGGUGCAAUGGCUCAGAUUGCGGAACGACUUGAACAGAGAGGCGACUGGGCCUUUGGCCCCGUGGCUAACGUCGAGCCUCAACUUCGGAUAGUACUACGACAGAUGGACUCUGCAACGCUUAGGGAGAUGGCAGUCAGCUUCCCGUGGCCAACACGAGAAAUGGGCGGUGCCGAGGUUCUCCCUCUCCGGUCUAUGAAGCCAGAAGAGAAGCAAAGAUGGCUUCAGGGUAUCUGGGGGCUAUUGCGAGACGAGGUCGGCCGAGACUCGCAAAAGCGUCCUCCCUCCCGUGGAGAUCGAGGACGGCCACAGUCUACAUCACGAUUUGAGGCCCCGCGUGGUGCUGCCCUGCAUCCGCCUAGAGCCGUUUCGCCGUCGACACAGUUCCUAUCGCCAACGCCUGAUAACGCUGCACCAAGCCGCUCAGAGUCGACAUUACGGAGAAGCAACGCCAAUCGAGGAGGCAUGUCACCAGGCCCCUCGGAGCGGACACUAGCUGUGCCCAAUGAGCUAGAUGGUACGUCAUUUUCACGGCCACGCUCACCAUCUAUGGGUGGUGAAAUACCGUUGGGAAGAUUGCUUAGCGUGAGUCAGCGUCCGGGCCGCGCCGUUUUGGCCGAUGCUAUGUCGUUGGCACUAUUUCGCGUCGACGGGGAUUGA